GAGUGAGAGAGAGAGAACUGAGCAGUGAAUGAGUAAACCUAAUUUCCAUGUCAAGAAUAAGAGCGGGAACUAGGGAGAGACAAGAGACAAAAAUACACACUUACCAGAAGAUGUGGAGAGGGGGAGGAGAGGAAGGGAACAGAGAGGGGGGAGUGUGAAACAGAGAGAAAGGGGUGCACUCUAACAGAAAGAGGAAGAGAGAGCAGAGAGAGGAGAGCAAAACUGAGGUUGCUGACACUGUGAGAGAAUAUUUAUUUUCUCACCACUUAUCAUAUGGAAUAUAAACCUUGUGGGAUUUUCUUCAACCUGAAUUCAACUGUAAAACAGAUUUAAUCUCAGACGGAUUCUUCUUGUGGGACUAGUUUUAUUAGGAUCCUACUAGUUGUCUGGUGUGGAUAUAAUACCAGUCUGUCUUUGAGAUGGGGUCCAGAACUCUUCUACUUAUUCUGGGUCUUAAUUUCAGUCUGCUGGGGAACCUAGAGGCCAGAGAUUGUCCCGGGGGCUUCAUAGCCAAAGGGAGAACACUGUGUGUUGAUAUAGAUGAGUGUAAAGAGUGGGACAGUAACCCACCCUGUGGAAGUAAUGCCGCAUGUUACAACACACAGGGGAGCUUCUACUGUCAGUGUCUACCUGGGUUCAGAUCCACAACAACUUUCCAGUUUACUGCUCUCACUGGGGAGUGUAAGGACCUCGAUGAGUGUCAGGGGAAACUGCAGGUUUGUACCAGCAACUCCAUUUGCCUCAACACCAUCGGGAGCUUCAACUGCCAAUGCCAACCUGGUUUCAGAUUCUCUGCUUAUACUGGGCACUGUGAAGACCUCGAUGAGUGCCAGGAGACACCUCAGGUUUGUGGCAGCAACGCCAGUUGCCUCAACACCUUCGGGAGCUACCACUGCCAGUGUCAACCUGGGUUCAGAUUCUCUAAUCACUCUUUGAAGGUGACUGUGACCUCCUCCUCAGACCAAAUGACAGUACGCCCAGAACAUUGUUCUGUGAACCAAAAAGACUAUCUCAGUUUCAAGGUCCCAGAUUUGAGAGAAGAAACCUUGUUAGUUAUCAGUCAGUCAGUCACUUGCAGGAACCAACGUUGAUGAUGAAUAAUGAAUCAUGUAAAUCAUGCUUAUAUGAAUUGUUUGGACAGCCGUAUUUUAGAGAACUAACGGGACUGCCCCGGCAGAGCUCCUGACUGAUGUGUACUAUGUUGCAUGAAGUUUGUUGGAACCUCUCCAGCUUGCUGAUAAUAAAGAAUGAUUCAUUUAAGUUUGA